GAGCCAAAAUGGCGAACACGGGAAGUCAGUUUCAUACUUCGCACAGAUUCAUCUGAACGUUGGUAAGCUAACUGGCUAGCUCAACAAGGAACUAGAUAUCCGGACACGGUUGAACAUGGCUGAACUUGACCAACACGAAGGAGAGCAGGACCUCGAAAAGAAGAUUGAGGAGACGAGACAGAGAUUCAAGAAUGAGUUCCUCCAAGAUUCUACAGAUAAAUAUGACUCCAGGGAUGUGGAAAGGCUUCAAACAGAUGAUGCUCUGGUGGAGGGCUACCUGACAUGGAGACUUUAUGAUGUUGGUGAUGCCUUGAAAAUGAUUGAUGAAAGUCUUCAGUGGAGAAAAGAAUUUGGGCUGAAUGAUCUCACUGAGAGUACUAUUCCCAGAUGGAUGUUCGAGACUGGUGCUGUCUACCUCCACGGCUAUGACAAAGAGGGCAACAAGCUCUUCUGGUUUAAAGUAAAGCUGCACGUUAAGGAUGCAAAAACAAUCCUGGACAAGAAGAAGUAUGUUGCCUUCUGGCUGGAGCGGUAUGCAAAGAAAGAACCUGGGAUGCCACUCACUGUUGUGUUUGACAUGGCAGAGUCUGGCCUCAGCAAUAUAGACAUGGAGUUUGUGAAGUAUAUUAUCAAUUGCUUCAAAGUAUAUUAUCCAAAGUUUUUAUCCAAAAUGAUCAUUGUGGAUAUGCCUUGGAUUAUGAAUGCGGCAUGGAAGAUUGUGAAGUCGUGGUUGGGUCCUGAGGCAAUCAGCAAACUAAAGUUUGCAUCCAGAUCUGAGGUCCAGACAUUCAUAGGCCCUGAGUACCUGCCACCUCACAUGGGUGGAACGGACCCCUUCAAGUAUAGCUACCCGCCUCUGCCUGACGAUGACUUCCAAACGCCCAUCUGUGACAACGGGCCCAUUGUUAGUGAGGACGAGACGGAGAGCAAAGAGGGUGAAAUGGAGGGCAAAGAUGCUCUUGAGUCCAGCUUCAACUCAGAGGUUGCGGUAAAGCCCAAAAAGGUAAAUUUCCUGGAGGAUAGUUUGAGGGCAGAGGACAAUGAUAAAGGAGACACAAGUGCAAGGACCAAAGGAGCCAGGAAGCCACAGACCACCUUCAAAGGCCUUCUGCUAGAUGUUAGUCCUGCGGAGGAGCUCAGCUUUGGUUCUGGAGAGACAGAAAAGAAAUGUCUCAUUAUUCUGAGCAAUGUCACCAAAAAUCAAGUGGCCUUCAAGGUGCGGACAACAGCACCUGACAAGUACAGAGUGAAGCCCAGUAGCAGCUGCUGUGAACCAGGAGCCUCAGUAGACAUAGUGGUGUCCUUACAUGGAGGUUCACAGGCCUCUCCACAGGACCGAUUUUUGGUCAUGGCAGCUGAGAUGGACAAUGCUGGAUCACAAGAACUUGCGCAAUUCUGGAAAGAAGUACCAAAAACCAAGAUCAUGGAACACAGAUUGCGAUGCCAUGUUCUGGAGAGCGUGAAACCAACAGUGAGCCCUCUCAGGGAUAGUCCUGUGGAUACAGGGACCAGUGGGCAGCAGGAAUUAAACACAGUGCUCAUGCGAAUGACAGCCUGCAACUCACGGCUGGAGCAGAAGCUGAACACGUGUCUGUGGGUGCAGAAGGUUCUUAUCGGGUUGGUGCUGGUCCUAGUGGUAUUGAAUCUGCUGUGUCUCUACCUGCUGGGUACAGGCCAGCGGCCAUCUUGACCUGCCACAUCUCCCCUCCGCCAAUAUUUGUCAACCACAGACACACAGACGGCUCCAGUGGGACUACAGUUGACCACCUGAGGGACAGUCGUCGUGCGCAUCCCUCCCCUCCCUCGCCCUCCCCAUAGGCCGCUGUCAUGGAGAGGAGGAGUGCUGACUUUAGGGACAUGUGAGUUGUUGUGGAGUUAUAGUAUGACAAGCUUGUACUUCUCUUUUCAGGCACUUGAGAGCUACUAUAACAGAGACACUUUUUAACAAUGUGACAUCAAAUCAUUAAUGCAUUUUUAAAACGGAUUAUGGAAAAAUAAAUGUGUAUUUAUUGCAAAAGUCACAAUAUUUAGGAAAGAUGAGUUAUUUUUGUGAUCACGAUGUACAAUUUUUUACAUUAUAUAAAUCUACAGGAUAUAAAAUAAACUUAUUUUCAACUAAUCUUA